AUGUCGAACAUUAACGGCACCGGCAGCAGCACGAGCCUGGCCCUCGCUCGGGAACAGGUGAAACAGCUGCGGCUCGAGGCCAGUGUCCGCCGGAUUACCGUCUCCCAGGCAGCUACAGAGCUGAAGAGUUUCUGCCUCCAGAAUGCUCAUAAAGACGCACUGCUGAUUGGAGUCCCGGACAAAUAUAACCCCUUCUAUUCUCCCAAAUGUGUCCUGCUCUGA